AUGUCGUCAGCUAAUCUCAUGUCUCGCACUCCCUCGACUGCGACGCCUACUUGGCAUCACUUCGAGCGGAAGCUCGAAGAGGUCAAACCAUCCAAGACUGAUAUAAACUAUUUGGUCAUGGAUUACCUCAUCACCAACGGUUAUCCGGCUGCUGCGAAGAAGUUCGCGCUUGAAGCCAAUAUCCAGCUCAGAACUGAUUUGCAAGCCAUUCAGGAGCGGGUUGAUAUUCGCACUGCGAUUCACUCAGGUGAUAUCCAAGUGGCCGUUGAAAAGAUCAACGAGCUGAAUCCUCAGAUUCUUGACGAAGAUCCAUCUCUGCACUUCGCCCUGCUGCGCUUGCAAUUGAUCGAGUUGAUCCGCGUGUGUAUGGACAGACCUGGCAGCGAUAUCACUCCUGCCCUGGACUUUGCCACGUCACAACUUGCACCGCGCGCUCCCACAAAUCCUCAGUUUCUAGCGGAUCUCGAGCGAACACUUGCCCUCUUGAUCUUCCCCAGUGAUAAACUGGACCCAGCACUGGCGUCUCUUCUAGACCCUGCACUCCGUAAAGAAAUCGCAACCCGAGUCAACGAGGCAAUUCUGCAGAACCAAGGCGCUCGUAAAGAGGCCCGGCUGCGCAAUCUUGUGAAACUCCGGGCUUUCGCCGAGCAAAAGGCACGAGACACCAAAAAAGACAUCCCAGAAACCCUGGAUAUUGGCUUGGUCGGUGAUUCUCACGACGACAGUAAUCGUAACAAUCUCACUACCAACUUGAGUGACACUUUGAUGUCCAACAAUGCCGACAUUGAUGCUAUGAUCUCUUGA